GGAGAGAUUUCCCUGUCAGAGGCCGUAGAGGACCGGCUCGAGUGGGCGUACGGGGCAGGGGCGGGGCUGGGUGAAUGUCCAAGGGGUUGUGAACCUGGCGGGCGAGAUUUCAACUCUGCCGACCCUGCCACGCCAGCCCUGGAACCGGGAUGGAGAGUAGGUGCUACAGCUGCGCUGUCAAGUUCACUCUCUUCAAGAAGGAGGUUGGUGUGAGAAUCCAGUAUGGUGCUGGAGGUGAAAUUUCCCUAUAGACUUAUGGCUGUAAGAACUGUGGCCGGGCCUUCUGUUCCGGCUGCCUUGGCUUCAGUGCAGUGGUGCCCCAGGCUGGGAACACCCGACAGAAAGUCUGCAAGCAGUGCCAUGAGGUCCUGACCAGAGGAUCUUCUUCUGCUAAUGCCUCCAAAUGGUCACCACCCCAGAACUAUAAGAAGCGUGUGGCAGCCAUGGAAACCAAACAGAAGCUCCACACUCCCCAGAGCCAGGGACAGACCCGGCAAGACCAAGUCAUCGCUGAGCGCCUGGCACAGCUCCGCCAGGAGAACAAGCCCAAGUCAGUGCCCUCGCAGGCAGAGGUAGAAGCCAGACUAGCUGCUCUGAGGGAUGAACCCCAGAGUUCCAUCCCUUCCACCCAGGAGAUGGAGGCACGGCUUGCUGCAUUGCAGGGCAAAGUUCUACCUUCUCAGAACCCCCAACUGGCGCACAGGCCACCAGACACCAGGACCCAGGCCCAGCAGGCCCAGGAUCUGCUGACACAGAUGACGGCAGAGGUGGCUAUUAAUGAGAGCUGGGAAGGAGGCGGCCCAGGCAACUUCUCCACGUGGCUUCCCCAGGGACCUGCCCCCUCACUUUCCCUAGGUGGGAGAGGCUCUGCUGCUCCCCCUCUGGGAGGCGAAUAUAAAUCAGAGAACAAUGAACAUGCUGCCUCUAGGCAGAACAGCCUCAACCAGGGUGGCCCAGGGGGCCGGAGCGCUAAUUCCAAGGGGAACGCCACCUGGUCUCUGCAAGAGGAGAAGAGCAGGCUGCUGGCUGAGGCAGCUGUCCAGCUGCAGGAAGAGAACACAAGGCAGGAGCGGAUCCUGGCCCUCGCCAAGCGCUUGGCUGUGCUCCGGGGACAGGACCCUGAUAGAGUGACCCUCCAGGAUUAUCACCUCCCAGACAGUGAUGACGAUGAGGAUGAGGAAACAGCCAUCCAAAGAGUGCUUCAGCAGCUCACUGAAGAAGCUGCCCUGGAUGAAGCAAGUGGCUUUAAUAUCCCUGUGGAGCCAACUCUCCAACCCCAGGCCCAAUCCUGCAGGGCAGAGCCUGAGGCCCUGAAGGCCCAGGCCACAGCCCUCAAGCCUGAGGCUGAGGAAGAGGAGCUCCCCUGGUGCUACAUCUGCAAUGAAGACGCCACCCUGCGCUGUGCUGGCUGUGAUGGAGACCUCUACUGUGUCUGCUGUUUCCGGGAAAGCCAUGAUGCCUUUGAACUUCAAGAGCACCAGACAUCUGCCUACAGUUCCCCAUAUGCAGGCCAAGAGCACUGAGGAAACCCUGGUCCUCCCAGGAAGGCAAUCUGAUGGGCAGCUGCACAAGCUGGGGUGGCUACCUCUGAGCUUAGCCUCGGGGUAUCUGAUGGAAGAGCAUGUCAGGCUAGACUGCUCACAGAAUAGCUCUUUCCUGAACUUCAGUGUCCCUGGAAGGAGGAAAGAUUCUCCAUUUGAGAUGAUGACUAGAGAAGCCAGAGGGAAAGCAGAAGUCAGGAGCCCUCCAGCAGCAGAGCCAGGACUGGGAAUGAGGCAUGAUGCAGAAAGGCCAGACUAACUCUAAGGAUGAACCUUGAAACUUGCCCAAGGACCCAGAGCCCUACCCAGUACUUUGUGGAUCUAAUAAAGUAUGUUUGAUUCCUUGA